AUGGUGGACACCGAGACAGCCAGAACGAUUGUAGGCAUUGUCGGGAAUGUUAUCUCCUUCGGUUUAUUCCUGUCUCCCAUCCCGACAUUCAUCACCAUAUGGAAGAAGAAAACAGCGUCAGGAUUCAAGCCAGAUCCAUACGUCGCGACGGUACUCAACUGCGCAAUGUGGGUGUUCUAUGGUAUGCCCUUUGUCCAUCCGGACAGCCUUCUUGUGGUUACCAUCAACGGUUUCGGUUUUUGUCUCGAGCUCAUUUAUGUGGGGAUAUUCUUCAUAUACUCUCCAUGGAAGAGACGUCGGAAUAUCUUACUUGCGCUCCUCGUUGAACUGAUCUUCAUGGUUGCAGUAGUUGCGAUCACCUUGUUGGUUCUCCAUACCACAGGCAGGAGGUCCACACUUGUUGGAAUCUUGUGUAUCAUCUUCAACAUAGCGAUGUACACCUCACCAUUGACAAUCAUGCGCCGAGUCAUCCAGACAAAGAGCGUCAAGUACAUGCCCUUCUUUCUGUCACUCACCAACUUCUUAAAUGGCGUCAUCUGGGCUGUUUAUGCGCUCCUCAAAUUCGAUCCCUUUGUUCUGGUGCCGAAUGCUUUGGGAUCCUUGUCUGGUCUGGUGCAGCUGAUUCUCUAUGCAACAUACUACAGAACCACCAAGUGGGACGAGCCAGAAAAACCGACCUCUGAGGUUGAAAUAUCUGGUGCCUAA